UUCAAAAAGAAGAAGAAGAAGAAGAAGGUCUCCGGCAGGACAGAAGGACCGUGUAGUGUCAGUCCACCGACCUGUCUGUUGUGUGUCACAAGCUGGCAUUGCUUGAUUCAGCGCUCUCUAGCUUGUCUUUCAACCUUUUCACAGCAGCCAAAUGAACCAAACAUUAACACUAGAGAACGACACCUGAUAUUCUCGCUUACAGAAAUGGCAGACGAUGAAAUAGACUACAACAUCGUGUUUCCAGAUGCAGGGACGUCGGAGAGAUACUGGCAGGGGACAAAGGAGCCAGUUGUGAUUCUGUUGGGCUGGGCUGGUUGCAAAGACAAACAUCUCUCCAAGUACAGCUCCAUCUACAAUGAACAGGGAUGUGUCACCAUCCGCUACACAGCUCCUCUGAAGACGGUCUUCAUCUCAGAGUCGUUUGGCUAUAAGGAGCUGAGCAGUACUGCCCUCAAGUUGCUGGAGAUCCUCUACGACUAUGAGGUGGAGAACAGUCCUAUUUUCUUCCACAUAUUCAGUAACGGUGGCUUCAUGCUGUACCGGUACAUUGUGGAGCUCUUGCACAAUGAUAAACAGUUCAGUUCUUUGCGCGUGAUCGGGGCUGUAGUGGACAGCGCCCCUGGUAGCGGGAAUGUCCGUGGGGCCCUGCGUGCACUAACAGCCACCCUGGGGCCUAAAAUCAGUCCACUUUUAAGGUAUCUCCUGCUAGCGCUUUUUGCGGUGACUGUUUUCCUGUUGCGAGUCGUGCUUUACCCGUUGACCAAGUACAUCCACAAGAACCACUAUGAUGCUGUGCAGGAGAGGCCGCCCACCUGGCCUAAUUUCUACCUGUACUCUGGAGCUGACCAGGUGAUCAGGCACCGGGACAUCGAGCUCUUCAUGGAGACCCUGAAGCUGAAAGGCGUCCCAGUGGACAGUUACGAUUUUGUCUCCACUGCCCAUGUCAGCCAUUUCCGGGAAUUCCCUGAGCAGUACACUCAAAAGUGCCGCGAUUUCCUGGUCGCUUGCAUGAAGGACUCAGACGGGACAGAGAUGAAGAAGAGAUACCGGGUUCAGAAUCAAUGAAACUUUUGAAGAUUGGUAAAAAAAAAAAAUCCGAUGUAGUUUUUUCCUCGGAGGUCUAUAAAAUGGGGCCAGAAGUUUCGUCAGGAUUGCAAGAUUUUAUGAGAUCAAGAUCUUGGCAAUGUUUUUCCCAUUCCAGUGCACAUAAUGGGCUGGUUCCACAGAUGUGGUCUAGGUGCACUGUACUUAAUCUAUGUCUGGAAAACCAGCUACAUGUAACACUGUAAACCCCAAAAGUGUGAUGGUUAAAGGCCUAACUCUGCCUAAUUUUUUGCAACAGUCAUGUACCACCUGUAUAAAAACAACACACUGUUGCUAUACACUGGAUAAUUUGGACUUAAGUCUUUUAGGAUAACAUAAAUGGUAUUUAAUAUUGCUGUUAAAUGUGAUGCAUUGUAGGUUAGUUGUAGUGAUUCUAAAACUGAUGAGGCUGGAUAUUAAAAAAUAUCAAAACUGGUAUCUAAUAUUUAUGAAAAUUUAAAAUGUAUUUAUAGUUUUGAUCUCACAAUUUGUCAAAAUGUGACCACAUGAGUUCUUGUAAUGAAGGCAACCGUCGUGUCCAAACAUGAAGAACUUAAAACGAUUAAUCACAUAAAUAAUAAUCUUUCUUUGAACAUAAAAAAAAAUCUAAAAUUGUUGCCUUAAACAGGAAAUGCCUUGUGAUUUGUCUUUUUGGUCCAUAAAUGGUAGAAUAUCCAGCACUAAUAUGUGAUACAUGAUUGAUUUAGUCAAAGGAAAAAGGUGAUUGACAAUGAAUGUUUAUGUCCAGCACAACUAUUGUGUUUUCUCUUAACUGAUGUGCCUUCAAUAAAUCCGAAUGCUCACAGAA